GCACUGCAUCCCACGAGCCUUUCCAGUUUCUUUCUUUUCUUUUUCUUUCUCUAUUUUUUUUUUCCAAGUGCAGUUUUCAGAACACGAUUUGCAACCAGGAGUGCGUGAGCGCGCGUGUGCGUGCGUGAGUGAGUGAGUGAGUGAGUGAGUGAGUGAGUGAGUGAGUGAGCGAGCGUGUGCGCGUGUUCUCGCGCGCGCGCGCGUGUGUGUGGCAGAGUGUGUGAGAGUGUGAGUAGCCCGCUGCAGCGCUUCACACACUUCCAACUUUGCGCGUGCAUGAAGCAGUGGAGGCUCUUUAACACGCCAGACGCUUUUGGAGAUGUGAGGCUCGUUUUGGAGAAGCUAAUCCACAUGUCCGCUGCUGCUGCUGCUGCUGCUGCUGUUGCUGCUUCCAUAGCGAUGCACGGACGGUGAUGGUCUCGCUCUGAACGGGGAGAUAAAGCUCGGACGCGCGCGAGCGGCCAGUUAGAGUCCUCUGAGCCCAUCAGUGGAAGCAUCAACCCCCCCUCCUCUCCAACUACCCCCCCAACUCUUCUACCUACCCCCCAACCCUCCUUCCCCCUCCCCCUUCCCUUAUACGGUCAAAGCCCCGCCUCCUGCGCGCGUCAUCCUCUGACAGCGCGGCUCCCGCGGGUCUGGAGUUUUGGCUCCCGGGAAAGGUUGCAGUCCUGGGGGAAAGAGGGCUGAGUUUAGUGCGCCUCCAUCCAGUCCGCGAGACGCUGAAGGCCCCUCAUCAUCAUCAUCCUCCUCCUCUCUUCUUCCCCGCGUGCCGGGAAAAAACGCGAGCGGCGGCGAAAAAAUCCCUCCAUCCUGCGCGCCUUUAUUUGUCUUUUUUUUUUUCAAAGGGGGAGCCAGAAGUGCUCCAUUACAGCAAAGCGAGGCGCUUCCCAGCUCCUGCAUCUUUUGCCUUUUUCACAGUUUUGUAUUUAUUAUUUUGCUUUGUUUUUUAUCCUGUUCUUUUUUUCCACUCGGGGAUGCUGCUGCCGUUACUGCGCUCUGAGCACGAUGGACCGAGCCUGAGACUGAGAGCAUCGCCGCGGCGCAAAGUUGCAAGAAAUGUUUAGCUGAACAUUGAGGAGAAGAAGAGAAAGAAGAAGUAAAGAAAAUAAAAAGGCAGCAGCCACAACUACAGCAACCACGUCGCCGCGCAGAGCUGUUUGUUUGCCUUCACUUUUCACUUCUGCACCGGGAUCGUUGAUGCUGCGCUGAUCCGAGGAGCCGAGACUUCGCGCACUGGGCUUUUAAUUCUGUGUAUUUUUACUUACUUUUUUCCCCCCUUUCCAUCGCGAGCAGAACACGAGCAAAACUUUCUCUACCCCUCGCUCUGUCUAUCCUCACGCCGUCCUCGCGCGGAGGAUCCUAGGGCUGUGCGUGUUUGUGUGUGUGUGUGUUUUUUUUCUCCUCGUCGUUUCCACCGCACCGCCUGCAUUCAUGUUCGGGAUUCAGGACAACAUACCGCGAGGGGGGACGAGUAUGAAGGAGGAGCCGCUGGGCAGCGGGAUGAACCCGGUCAGGUCCUGGAUGCACACGGCCGGGGUGGUGGACGCCAACACGGCCGCGCAGAGUGGAGUUGGUCUGGCGCGAGCGCACUACGAGAAACAGCCUCCGUCCAACCUGAGAAAGUCCAAUUUCUUCCACUUCGUGCUGGCGCUGUACGACAGGCAGGGACAGCCGGUGGAGAUCGAGAGGACGGCCUUCGUGGACUUUGUGGAGAAGGAGAAAGAACCAAACAGUGAAAAAACUAACAAUGGGAUUCAUUACAAACUACAACUUUUAUACAGCAACGGAGUGCGAACAGAGCAGGAUCUCUACGUGAGGUUAAUCGACUCCAUGACCAAGCAGGCUAUCAUUUAUGAAGGCCAAGACAAAAACCCAGAAAUGUGCCGAGUUCUCCUCACACACGAAAUUAUGUGCAGCCGGUGUUGUGACAAGAAAAGCUGUGGCAACAGAAACGAGACACCCUCAGACCCUGUAAUCAUCGACAGAUUCUUUUUGAAAUUCUUCCUCAAGUGCAAUCAAAACUGCCUGAAGAAUGCAGGCAACCCACGAGACAUGCGCCGGUUCCAGGUCGUUAUAUCGACAACAGUUAACGUGGACGGUCACGUGUUGGCCGUUUCGGACAACAUGUUCGUCCACAACAACUCCAAACACGGCCGCAGGGCUCGCCGUCUUGACCCCUCUGAAGGUACGGCCCCUCCUUAUCUGGAAAAUGCAGCUACCCCAUGCAUAAAGGCCAUUAGCCCCAGUGAAGGCUGGACUACAGGCGGAGCCACGGUCAUCCUCAUUGGGGACAACUUCUUUGACGGCCUGCAGGUCGUGUUUGGCACCAUGCUUGUAUGGAGCGAGCUGAUAACGCCCCACGCCAUCCGCGUGCAGACCCCACCCAGACACAUUCCGGGGGUGGUGGAGGUCACCCUGUCCUAUAAGUCCAAGCAGUUCUGCAAAGGAGCGCCAGGACGAUUCGUCUACACCGCUUUGAACGAGCCAACUAUUGACUACGGCUUCCAGAGACUGCAGAAGGUCAUACCCAGACAUCCAGGUGACCCGGAGAGGUUGCCAAAGGAGGUUCUACUAAAGAGAGCAGCUGACCUUGUGGAGGCUCUGUAUGGAAUGCCCCACAACAACCAGGAGAUCAUUCUGAAGCGGGCGGCGGACAUUGCUGAGGCUCUGUACAGUGUACCACGCAACCACAACCAAAUCCCAUCUCUCGCUAACACUGCGUCUCACGGUGGCAUGAUGGGAGUCAACUCAUUCGGCAGCCAGCUGGCAGUCAACGUCUCCGAGACCUCACAGGGUAAUGACCAGGUUGGCUACAGUCGUAACACAAGCAGUGUGUCCCCUCGCGGCUACGUCCCCAGCAGCACCCCACAGCAGUCCAACUACAACACCGUCAGCAACAGCAUGAACGGCUACGGAAACGCAGGCAUGCCCAACCUGGGUGUCCCCAGCUCACCGGGAUUCCUCAACGGCUCCUCCGCCAACUCCCCCUACGGCAGUAAGUAUCAAGUAGUUCCAUCGAGCCCUACCAUGGCAGCCUCUUCGGUCAGCCUCUCUUCAAACUGUAGCAGUACACACGGCAUUUUCUCAUUCUCACCUGCCAAUGUCAUCUCUGCAGUGAAACAAAAGAGCGCCUUUGCCCCCGUUGUCAGGCCCCAAGCAUCUCCACCUCCUUCUUGCACCAGUGCAAAUGGCAAUGGACUUCAAGCUAUGUCUGGACUGGUGGUCCCUCCCAUGUAGAUUGCACUUCCACUUCUUGUAAAGCAGCAACGUCCACGAGAUGAGCCUCGGGGUACAUCACAGAACAUUCUCCUGGAAUCUGUGUCGUCGAUCAUGAAGUAAAUCAAGUCUAAAUCAGAGGAAAAAAAAAAGAAAAAAAAGAGAGAGACUUUGUUUCAAAGAUUUUAUUCAAACUAAUAUAAAUUGACAUGCAAGAAACUUUGUCAUGAACGAUUUAAUUUUAUUGACUGAAUUUCUUGUCAUAUUUUCACAUUUCUCAGUCUUGAAGAAAAAACAUGGAAGAAAAAAAGCCUAUUUUGUAUAAACAUUUCUGGUUUGAUCUUGGCUAUGUCUAGUUCUUGCUAUGUGUGGGGAGAAACUUUGUGGAUAUGCCAUUUGAUGAAAACACUGACUGAAAUGUCUCUGAAUGUUUCUUUUCAAACGAUGCGCAGCCGUCGCACAUCUCUAUAAUGUGAAGUCAUUUUCAUUAUUUUUUGCGUUCGCUUUUUUCCUUUUUUUUUUUUUUUGUUUUUUAAUUUGUGGUGAGAAAAAAGGGGGGCCAAGCCAACACAGCAGAGCCAACAAACUGGAAAUAAUAUAGCCUAAAAUAUAUGAUUUAUAAAGCAUAAACAUUCAAAGUGAAUAAGAAUGACCGGGGAGGAACAGGCAGAGGAGAUAUCAUGCAUACUUCAUCUAAAAUGAGCUUUGUAACUUAUUGUAGGUAGAAAUUGUAACUUUGAUAUUGCAAAGAUUCUUCUCUUGCCUUCAACAAGCACACUAACAGAGAUGAAACGCCACUGUCUGUUGGUUAAAAAAGAGAAAAAAAGAAAAAAGAAAGAAAGAAAAUACUUCCACUGCUAAAGCUUCCUGUAAAGCAAGUGUGAUCUGCAAUGUUUUUCAACUUUUUGCUAGCACUGUAUACUAUUGCAUUCUUAGGCUACUGUGGAGUCUGUUUCUUGUACCAGAAAGUUGUCCUUUUACUUCUAGCUCCUUAUUCCCUAAUGUGUUUUGUAUGUGGUUAUACAAUUGUAGACUUUUGUGAUUUUGCCAAAGUUGUAGCUAAAUAUUUAUACACUUGUCUUGAAUUUUCCAGAUCCACUUAAAUAUUUAGUACAGAGUUUUAUUCCUACUAAAACAGCUAGGAGUAAAAUAGUCUUAUACAUUGCAACACUUUCACACAAACACUUGCGGUCACUAAGGGGUUUUUUGUAACAUAUCAAUUAUAAAUAUUGUAUUUAUCUUUGAAAUUUUGUAUAUUGCUUUCCAUCAUUUUAUUUGAUCUCGUAUGUAAUGUUUAUCAUGGCCGAUAUCGUGAUGCAACACAGAAAGUUAUGCCAAGACCCAUUCGCUUUUUUUUUGUAUCAAUAGAUCACAGAGUCUCUACAUUGAUUUGUAAUUCUGAUGUUUUGUUAUGCCAUCGAAACAAUUCCGUCCAUUUAUUUUUCUUUUUUUUGCUCGUCCAUUACUUGUUGUUUUGAGGAACCAGUCAAAUCCAUUGUUUAUUUUUAUAUUAAUUUUUAAGUUAUCUAAACAGAUACUUUUGUUUUGGAAUAAAAACUGUUUGUUGUAUAGUCAAAUAAAUUGUUUGUGUCACAUGGCUGUAAUAAUAUUAGUAGAAAAACGUGCAUGUCAAGCAGCCCCAGGGGGGAAGAUUCAAUUGUGGUUGUAAAUUUUGUUUUUUGUAGAAUGUAAACAGUCAUUUUUACCUGCCACCCAUGACUUUGCCACAUCAUAGCUCAACCGUGUUUACAGGGAACAAAAAGACAAAAGGAAAAAAGAAAAAAAAAUGCAAAAAAAAGGAAAAAAAAUCUGGAAUGGAAGCAUACAUACGUCAGUCACUUAUGUUUAUUAAAAUGUCAGAAAAAAGCUCUGUCAAAGCCUUCAGAGUGAGUCUCUCGAGAGGAACCUUUCUGCUGUUUUAAUGACAACCAUAAACCACAAUGCCAAUCAUUACUCCAUUCAAAUGAUCAAUGGUGUAAAAAGCACAAGCAUUUUUUACUAAAAUAAAAAAGAAUUAUUGUGACCCCUCAUCUUUUUGACUAUUUUGUCAAUUUAUUUUUUUUUUUCUUUUUCUUUUUCUUUUUUUUUUUUUUUUACAUAAAAUUUGCUGUACUCCCUCAAGUAAGACUCAAAAUCCAAGGGAAGAAAAAAAUAAAUAAAAGGUUAGAUUUUUGUAUCAUAUAUGAAGAUCCAGGAUUAAGAUGUUCUAUAUUGUACAUGCCAUUUUGUAAUUAUUCCAUGAUACAGUAGCACAGUAGCUAAUCACAGUAGUCAGUCAGUUCACGUCAUCCCUUCGCCAUCUCUCUCUGAUUUUGAUUUCCUAGUUGUGCCAAAAUCAGCGGAUAAAACACGAUUAUUUCUAUUCAUAUUUUUAUCUUUUAUUUCCUUUGCACUUAACACUUUGUAAAUCUCCUGUUGUACUGCUAAGUAGUCUGUUUCAAACCAAAAGGGAUGUUCCCUCUUGGCAAUCUGCACACAAGUUUCCUUUAGCAGCAGGAAGCAAGGGCAGCUGUAGAAGGGAAUAAGUGAUGAAUGUGCAAUGCAUUUGCUUUGUGAUAGCUCAACAAAGCUUAGCUAAGUGGAGGAGCUGGGGAAGUCACCUUGAAAGUGAGAGGAACCCAAGGUUACAUGAAGUGCAUUUGUGAAUAUCAUCAUUUCUGCAAUCUGGUUUUUUGUGUUUUAGGCUAAUUAGACCAUGCACUAAAGUGUUUUGUUGCCGUUAGUCUGAAGAGUUCACUAAAUGGUAGAACGACUCUGUAAGGGAAAAUACUAUUUUUUGUUUCAUGUAUACAUUUUUUUAUGUUUAUGUCAACAUUUCUACAUUUUACUGUACAAAGAUGUUCAUUUUACACAAUAUUUAAUUAAAGUAUUUCUUGUCUGUGA